UGCGAUCAAGAAAUUUUAUUUUUCUGAAAGGUGGAACAAAACAUCAAGUUUGUGUCGGGAAAUUUGGAAAAAUUUUCGAUCAUAUAUAAAUUUGUUGAAAUAAUGUACUAAAAUGGAUAUCGUAAAGGAAGUGUUAGAAAAACAACAACGUGCAUUGGAAAAAUAUAAACCAAUCACUGUAGAUAAACAUUUGGAAGUCCGACUAGAUAUUGGUUCUUUACUGUGCACUGACCCAAAUGAUUUGGAUGCGAAUGAACUUAGAAAUAACAGAGAGCAGUUCUUGCUUGAUGUAACGCGUGACAAUACGCAGUUGCUUAUUAAUGCAAUUUGGGAUCUUCCGACUGAGCGCGUUGACGAAUGCAUUGUGGCGCAGUUACCGGAACCAACUACUGUCUUGCCUCGUCUGCGGAAGGUGCCCGGGCCUAAGCCUUUAACAAAAUGGGAGAAGUUCGCGAAAGAGAAAGGUAUUAAGAAGAAAAAGAAGGACAAGAAGAAGUACGAUGAAAUACUUGACAAAUGGGUGCCAACAUAUGGAUUUAAACGUGCGGAUGCUGAGAAAGAAAAGGAAUGGGUCAUCGAAGUGCCCAAAAAUGUGGAUCCCAAUGAAGAUAUGUUCCAGAAAAAAAUUGAUUUGCGUAAUGAAAAAGUGGCCAAGAAUGAAAUACAACGCAUGAAAAACAUUGUACGAGCAAAAAAGGUAGAAGUACCGCGUGGUGGAUAUUUCGGUCCAGAGGCUGCUUCCUCGGGGCAGUUGCUUACUGCAGUAACUGUUGCUAAGUCAUCUACAGCCUCCGUUGGAAAAUUCCAAAAUAAAUUACCCAAGGAAAAGGAAGCGCGUGGUAUUGGUGUAAAAGAAUUGAUACCUGGAGCGAAACGUAAAGCAUCCCACAUCGGUCCACAGCCAGAAAAGGAGGUUAAUUUGGAUUUGAUUAAGAGUGUACUUAAUAAAAAACCGAAAUAUGACAUUGAAAAGGCGAUUUCUAUACAAAAGAAUGAAAGUAAACUAGAGAGGGAAGCUGAUCCUACUAAUAACGUAAAGAAGGGGAAAAAAGGAAAAGGAGGCAAGAGAAGUAAAGGCCACGGUAAAGGUGGGAAAAAACCUAAAGGCGGACGUGGACAGCGUGCACCUGGAAAAAAGGUUGCUGUGGGUAGAAAAAGGCGAUAGAUAUUUUUUGUACAUAAACUAAUUAAUUUUAUAUUUAAGUAAAUAUAAGUUAAUAUGAAAAAAACCAACAAUAAUGAAAA